UCCUCUUUUACCUCGCACCGCCUAUUCCAGACUACCUUCAGCCCAUCUUUUGUAUUUAUUUUUCUUGUUAACACAUCAUGACCAUGCAACAGCCGGACAGACACGAAUACUCUCACGUUAUGAACUUUGUCAACUCGAAUCCACACCGCGUCAACGAACUCCCUGAAACAUGCUACUGCUUGUGCAACAAAAAUCAUGCCCGAGACUGGAUGUGGAACUUGGGGUUCCUCAUUAAGCACAACAAGCUACACCUGGUCACAGAGUUCAGAGUGGUCAUCUAUAACAAAUGCGAAUUGCCAAUGCACAUUGACAAGUUGCGUUCAUCAUUGCCGAAUGUGCGCUCCAUUCUGUUUCUUGGCUACGGCGAUGUGGAACCUCGUCAGGAAUUGAUUGCAGCUGAGUCAGCCGCUGAAUCCAUCCGAAAGCUGUUCCCAUGUAAUUGGGGUCCGACACCCAACAUCCUUGUGGAGCGCCAGAGAAUUUGCACGCUGUACGAAUGUACGCUCAAGGAGUACAUACAUCAGCUGAAACAUGUCCAGGUGCUUAUUCCAUUCCCACUGAACGUGGCCAAGCUCAUCGAUAAUCUCACAUCGCUAUCAAUCAACAUUCCCUACAUCCGUCUGCGCCAUGAUUGCCAAUUAUUCAAUUCGAUGUUCCAGAUCGAGGCUGUCAUCCCCUGGCACUUCUUCGAGAUCACCGAGGGCGCCCUGAGUUUCAACAACCUUGAAAGUCUGCACCUAGAAUUCAUCCAGGUCGCCGCCCGGACCGUUGACUUUCCAGGCUGCAAUUACCCUGUGUAUUUCCCUAGAUUGAGUGCCCUUAACAUCACUGGCUCCGCCUACGUCUACACCGACAUCUACGCCUAUUUCCAUGGCCGGGUAUUCGAGAGACUGACUAUCAUGGACGAUCCGACGAACUUUGAACACAUCAAUGAGCACGCUUUCGAGUCGGUGAGGAUGCUCAAGAUCGGCCACCCAACUAGGACCCCGUUUGUCGAUGUGUACUCUGUCGACAUGGUUGAGCGCCUAUAUCAACUACCAUCCAGCGUUGAGGAAGCCGUCUUAGGGCUGCUCGACUAUCCGCUGCCCGAGCUGAUUGCAUGGGUUAACCUGCGCUCGCUCAAACUAUCAGCCAGCAUCGCGGGACAAGCACGGGCUUGCCAAUCUGCUGGGACAACUGCCACUUCUGCACACACUCAUCAAAGAUGCGGAUACACCAGGUUCCCGGACCAGAAGAUCACAUUUGAUGAGAUCGGCGAGGUCCUGGAUCCAAGCAGCCAACUGCCAGUCAGCGAGAGCCUCGAGCGACUGGAUCUCUUUGUUCGCGGCACAUUCGACCUGGUCGGUUUCUGCGAGCUGGUGCUGCGCCUUCCUCGAGUCACCAAGUCAGGACCAACCACCACAUGAUCCCGCACGUCAUGGCCAUGCUCCACCAGGUCUUCAAAGUCAACCGUUGAUAUUGUCUUUGAGCCCCUUCCUAAUUUUCUGUAUAUCUUCGGUUGUUUACUAAUCUGCAGGCAUUCUUCGAAGAGCGAACGAGCGCUAUAUGGUGGCUAUGCUCGUGAAAACAGCAACCCACGAUUCUCUUAAGA